AUGGAGAAGAACUCAAUCCCAUCUGAAUAUUAUAAACACAAACCACAAUCUGAAUCAGAAAAUGACACCAAAUUCUGCAAAUCUCUUCAAGAUCUAAAUGAUUUGUGUUCACAGCUUCACUUUGCUGCAGAUUCAUAUCAAUCCACUUUUUUGAAUUCUAACCAGAAGCAACUGGUUCUAAAUAACACGAAGGAGUACAUACAAAACGCUCUCGUGACGGUUGUGGAUCAUCUUGGAUCUGUUUCUGCUAAUCUUGAUCACCAUCUAUCAAAAACUGUUUCAAUCCAUCAAGCAGAAGUCAAAAUCAAUAUCCUCAAUCAAAAAUUGUUGACCUGCCAAGAUUAUUCUCACAAGAUUGCUCUAGCCAAAGUUUCCGAAAGGGAAAACCAUCCCAAACAUAAUUCUCGUUAUAUAAAACCACAUGCUUUGAAACUAAAAGAAUAUGAAGAAUUUAAAGUUGAUGAAGAAGUCCCACUGUUCUUGUACACGUGUAACCGUUACAAGCCAUCAUCACUACUUGAGGAUUCAAUGUCAGUUUUGCCUGUUCGAGAUAACUUAUCAGUUCAGCCAAGAUCUGAAUCUUUUCAGUUACUGGACAAUAGUAACAGCAGACGAGGUCUUUUGUUUAUAAAGUCGCGACCAAAUAACGACAUGUUGUUGCUAGGAGGAAGCCGGAGAAUAUGAUAUCCAUCGAUAACAACUUAACCAUACCGGUUAAGAAUUUUAGGAUAAACGGUAACCGAAGGAUAUAAUUUUAAUCUACCAAGUGAAGAAGUGAGUUUGGCUAAAAUCGUGAAAGUUUAAGGACUAAGGUUUGAACUCGUGAGGUAAGGUUGUGUACAUCUUACCCUCCUCAGACCCUACCUUAGCUUUGUUAUUGGUGAGAUUUACUGAGUAUGAUGAUGAUG